AUGCGGAACCACCACUCGGAGAGGUCCAAACGGGAGGAUGGUGAGGCGCCACGGGGUUCGGGAAAGCUGGCUAGACCCCCCCACAGGUGUAGCCCCCUCCGGGCCAGCUCGACUCACGGGGUAAGCCCCACGAAGACCUCGUCCCGCUCAACAGUGAAAGAUAGCCCGGUGUCGGGGGGCGCCGCGGAGACGACGUUGGCCUGCGGGGUGGAGAAUAAUAGGGUCAAUGGCCCGAGUGAAGGGCGGCCGACGCCGCGAUAUCCGGUCCGAUUGAUGAUUCACUGCAGUAUCCCAGCACAGCGGCGUGGGGUGAAUGUGGAGCUCAGCAGCGACGCUGCCGUGGGGGACCUCAUGCUGAGUAUUGUGGCCGAGGUGCCUGAGGCAGCAACUGGAAAGUUGGUCUUUCGUGGGAAGGUUCUACCCCAGUCACCUGAGAGCAGCCUCUUUAAUAUUGGGAUUCGUGGGGACUGCACAGUGUUUCUGGCGUCUGGCGAGUACAGCAACGUCGAUCUCAUUGUCUUUGAGGAGAUCGAGAUGGAAGUCAAUAAAAUCGAGAAGGACGUCGGAAGUGCAACUACAAAUUUGCAGAAGAAGUGGUACUAUGAGGAGUUGAUGCGCAUUUUGUUUCGUGUAGAUGGUUUGCAAGACUUGGAAGGACAGUGGAAGCAGAAGCGAAAAGACAUGGUGAAACGCAUCACAGAUCUCCAAGACAAGCUUAACGCAGAUGCCGGAGGGUCAAUCGAAGGUGUAAGCAACAAUAUAGAUUCCUGA